AUGUCAAUACAUCAUGGUGUUUCUUGCGAUUCAUGUCGUAAAAUAAAUUUUUCUGGUCGUCGUUAUAAAUGUUUAAUAUGUAAUGAUUUUGAUUUAUGUGCAAUAUGUUAUGAUAAAAAGCAAAAUCUAUCUAUUCCAACACAUUCUAUUUAUCAUCCAAUGCAACUUAUUCUAACAAAACAUGAUAUUGAACAUAUUUAUUUUGAACAUAAACAUACACAAUAUUCUUUUAUAUCCUUAACAUGUUCUUUUUGUAAUGAAAAUGGUUUUGAAUUAAAUUUUUUAAUUAAACAUAUUAAUGAUCAACAUAAAACAUUAAAAUAUUCUGUUUUAUGUCCUAUUUGUUUUAUUCGACAAAAUAAUCUUUUUGAACAUCUUCAUCAACAUAUAGAAGAAAAUUUAAAUUUAAAAACAAAAAUAUUUAAACAAAUAAAAAUUUUAAAUUCUAAUGAAAAAAUCUAUAGAAAAUCUAUUGAACAAUCUUUAUUAGAAAAAUUAAUUAAUAAAUAUCAAAAUAAAAAUAUAAAUGAACAACGAAAUUUAUUUAUUCAUUCUUUACUUACUAAUUUAUUCAGUUAA